AUGGCCGAUAACAAACGGCUCAGAGUGUCUAAGGCCUGCGACUCUUGCCGGAGGAAAAAAGUCAAGUGCGAUGCUAUCCACCCCCUCUGCACCAACUGCGAGACCUUCAACUAUGAAUGUACAUACAAUGACCCCACCAAGAAACGUGGCCCUCCAAAAGGUUACAUCGAGGCAAUUGAAGCCCGACUGCAUCGCAUGGAGGGCCUCCUUGGAGGUCUCGUCAAGGACAAGGACCCUCGCGCUGAGAUCGUCCGCGCUGAACUCGAUGCUAUGGCCCGCGAGGCCGAGAUGACCGGACUAAAACUACGACGGUCCAAGGCUUACGAAGAAAUCCACAACGCUAUGGCAGCGUCCUCAGCGUCAUCGACGUCAGCUUCUGCCUCGUCAAAUGGGGCAGCAGCAAAGCCUGGAGCAGGAUCAGGAUCAGGAUCGGGAACGGUGUCAAGCAACUCCUCAGUCCCAGGAAUGUCUGCCAUCUCAAGGCAACAGCCCCCUCCUCCUCAGCAGCAAUACCAGUCAUCGUCGCAGCAUCCUCACCAACAUCCACAGCCGCGGCAGCAAUUGCAGCAAACACGGAUCGAACAAGAAGAGGAGCGCCAUCACUCGUCAGCAUUGGCAAACCAACACCCAUCUUCAAAUGGCCACUCUUCCAACUCGCAACAGGGAUCUGGAUAUCGGGCUCAUGUACAUACUCCUGCACACUCAGAUACCGGCUCGCCUUCUCAGAGCUCAACUUCCAACCGGACUCAGCCAAUGCUCCAGCCCUCUCCCGUGUCCGCAGCCCCUAGGUCGAACCAAUACCAUCCAUACGACACCUCUCGCCAUGGACAGCCUCCUCAGACGCACCAUAGGCCUCCCCACACCCUGCAACACAACCUGUCUCCCACGUCGCACAGCAGCGCAGGAAGCAAUUACUCUAAGCAGCACCCGACGCACCACCACCAUCAACAGCAACAGCAGCAGUCACCUCCGCAGCAACAUUCCCAGUACAGCUCGCCUUCACCCUACUCGCCCGCGUCGCUCCAGCACUCUAAUCAGCAGUCGAACUAUAGCAGCUCACCAACGCACCACAGAGGAGGCUCGUCGUCGUCGUCAUACCGCCAGAUUCAUUCGGCAGCGCAUGAGAGAGGCCAUUUGGCACAUGAAGAUGGCCAUCACCGGACAGGCAGUAGCCAUAGCAAUGGAAGCAGUAGUGUCAAAUUUGGAAGCAAUCACCAAGGACCGCCACCCUCCUCCCACCGUAAUGGACACUAUAGCAUGGAGACCCAUCGUAUCGUCACCCAUCGACCCUCUCUGUCAGCUCACCAGCUCUCGAAUCCCCUGACAGGCUACAUGCCCGUCCUUGAGAACCCCAUCAAGGAGGAGGCGCUCAUCAUGCCCUCGGUCGAUGUAAUCGACCAUUUGCUCGACAUUCACUUUCUCUCCGUCCACCCCGUACUCCCCUUCCUUCAUUUCCAAACCAUCUCGGAUCAAGUUCACCACAACGAGUCUCCCCCACCUCACUUACUUUUCGCUGUUUUGGGUCUCGCCUCUCGGUUCAGUGACAACCCCACUUUCCGUGUUCCUCAGGCAGGACUGGAUAGGCCUCCCUGCACGAUCUUUUACGAGCGCGCCAAGCACUUUAUCAAGAACGAGUACGACAGCUCUCAGAUGGCGACCGUUCAAACGUUCCUCUUGAUGGCUGUGCAGCAGAUGGGAUUCUGUGAGAGUCAGCGUGCGUGGUUGUAUGUCGGCAUGGCCGCUCGUAUGGCCCAGGGCAUGGGUCUCAACAAGGAGCCCACGGAGCAGGAGCAGUCAAGAAACAGGUUACAAUGCGAGCUGCGCAAGCGUACCUGGUGGUCCAUCUAUGUCAUUGAGCGAUUCAUCUGCGCUGGCCUGGGAAGACCACUCAUGAUUACUCACAAGGAUUGCGAGGCAGGGUUCCCUCAAUACGAGGAUGAUGAGGGCGAAACACCAACAAACAGGCCAGCGUCGACAAGGACCGGGCAGAUCGCAAACUUUGUCCGGCUAAUUACCCUGUCUAGGAUUCAAGGCAAUGUCCUCGAGUACAUUCGCGCCAAGUUCAGUCCUCCACCACCUCCCAACAACAACUUUGAUUGCUUCUCUCAAAGCCCUAACGGUAGAUCAGAACAGGAUCGGGACUUUCAGGUCGACACCACUGUGGCGGCUUUUUCUGCACUGGACAAGGCUCUGACAACAUGGAGGCAAGGUCUGCCUGAGUCACUACAGAACCCUACUGCUCAGUCCCCCCACAUUGGCCUGUUCCUUCACCUCAACUACAACACCCUUGUCAUUCUCCUCCACCGACCCGAGAUCUCGACUUCGCCAACGUCUGCCUCACUCUGCACACAAGCCGCUGCGACUAUCACGGACAUUACUGAAAUUCUCAUGGACGCCAAAGCUCUGACGUCCAUGUUUAUCAGCUGUAUAUACUCCAUCUUUUCCGCCGGAAUCGUUCACUUUAUGAACAUCCCCAGUGUAAAAAAGGGAUCUGCCUCCGCCGCCACCAGCCCAGUCCUCUCUGAAGGUGCACGAAAGACCCAGGAGAACCACACAAAGUCGGCUAAGACCAACCUCAAGCGAUGCAUUGACGCGCUCAAGUUCCUCGCCACACAUUGGGUUAGUGCCGCCAACCGCGCCAAGGUUCUGGAGGAUCUGCUGGAUCUGAAGCAUGUCAGCCUCAAGGACCUCGAGGUCGACACCUUCAAGACCUCACCUGUUGGACCAUCAUGGGCUAUGGAUUCGUCUCAAUACAAGGAGACUCUAGUCGCACCUAGGGAGAGGCAGGACAAGUUGCGGCAGCAGUGUCGGUCCAAGGCGAUGACGAUUCAUUCGUUGUUGGCCAAUGACGAGGACUUUUUGAAGAUGCAGCAGCGGAGGAGCUCCAGCUUUGAGGACCACAAUGAUGACGACAAUGAACACAGCGCCAACAACGAUGAGGAUGAGGAGGAGGAUGAUGAUGGCGAGGAUAUGAAGAUGAAGCAGGAGAAUACCGAGGAUGACACGUUCAUGAGACCUUCCAAGUCAUCGGCCGUCAAUGAGUCAUCGGCUUCUCUCUCUCCUGUCCACAGCCGCCCCCCCAUCGGAUUGGGCGUUCAGUCUUCGCCGCACUCGUCUGUGGUUUCUGUGUCGUCCCCAGUCUCUGCAGGGACGGAUACCAGCGCCAGCCUGCCUCCCAUGGAGAGCGACCCCGCCAUGGUUCUCUCGACCGCCAAGCUUGGUCUCUCGGACAGCCCUGCCAUCAAGUCCGAGAGCGUUCUUCUCUCGACUACUGGACUCAUCCGACAUGAGAAUGGUGUACUGACGCCGAUGACCAUGACCACCUUGGCCCAGAGUGGUCUCACCUCGCCUAUUGCUGGUAGCGUGCAUAACAGCAUUAACGGCGGAAGCCGAUCGGAAGGACACAGCCCCUUGGUCAACGGCAAGCCUAUCGUCAACAACACGCCAUCUUCAGGCGGCAGUAAACAGGGCGCGAUGCUGGACCCUUUCUCGAUGCCCAGCAGUAUCUCCUUCCCGGACUGGAACAAUAAUGUCAGACAGCCGAUCCACGGUGGCAAUGCGGCCAGCAGCAACAACACGACGACUGUCUGGACCACCGAUACUUUAACCCACCGGACCACCGCCCACUCUGCCACCUCGUCGCCCAUGAUCCCCUCUACCAGCGCCCUCCCCUCUACUGCUGAGGGCGCUGCUUCUCGCAAGACCUCCAACUCUACGCCUGUUACGGUAUCAUCGGCAUUCCGGCCUUCAUCGUCGUCUUCACUCUACAGCGACGCGAUCCCCGAAACUGCAGCUACGGCAACAGGAGAACACGAGGAGCACGAUUUGGUCUGGAACGAUAUGCCUCCGACCCUGGGACUGGACGAGUGGACGGCCUAUAUCGGCGCCAUGAUGAUGCGUUGGCUCUAUGCCUCUGGCCACUCUUCUCCUCAAUCCACCUCUUAA